CCCAAAGAAGACAACAGUUUUACAGAAGAGGCUCUAUAGUCUAUUCAUUGAUUCACUAAUUCCUCUCCCUCUGUUUCUUUUCUUGUUUUCUCGGGUGUCUUAACAAGUCAUUGGUAGUGAGAACUGUGAAGGGGAUGAACGAGAAGAGGAUGAUGAUGAUGGAGGGAGACAAGGAGAUAAUGAAGAAAUUGGACGAAAGCACCUGCGAUGCCCAGCGUCUACAGCUCCAGACCCUUCAAUCGAUCCUUCAACGAAACGCUCGCGUGGGUUACCUCCAACCCCAUCUCCAUCAUCUCCAAGCCUCCCAAAACGAUGAUCAUGAUAAUGAUAAUGAUCCUCUCACUCUCCUCCACCCGGACACCUUCCGCCGCCUCGUCCCGCUCUCCUCCUAUGAAGAUUACGCCCAUCUUAUCAACCGCAUCGCCGAUGGUCUCGACCCUUCUUCCCUCCUCUCCUUUGAUCCUCUCCUCUGUUUCUUCUACAGUUCUGGAACGAGUUCUAGGGGACCAAAAUUGAUUCCUUACUUCGAUUCACCACACUCUAAAGCUGCAUCGUUAUUAGCUCACCAGGGAAGUGCCGCUAUCCUUCGAAGGUUGUUUCCUCCUCAACCCACCGGCGAUAAGAUCCUCUGGUUUCUCUACGCUGGUACUGUCACAGAGACCAAAGGCGGAUUCAAAGCAAUGGCAGCCUCUGCCUUUCCCUUCCACCACAACAAUAGCAAUAGACCAUCCCCUAUACUCUCUAUGUGCGCGAGCCCCAAAGAAGUCAUCUUAGCCACCACAGAUACUCACCACCAGAUGUACUGCCACCUCCUCUGUGCACUCCGCAACCCAGAUUCGAUCACCGCCAUUAGAGCUCCCUAUGCCAUAGGCUUAAUACGGGCAUUUCGCAUUCUUGAAUCCAUGUGGGAGCAACUCUGUGAGGAUCUCCAAUACGGCUCUGUUAGUCCCCACAUCACCCACGCUCCAAUGAGAGACGCCGUCUGUACACUACUUGGUGACCCACAACCUCAUCUUUCCAAUCGAAUUCGAGUCAUCCUUGAAGCAAGGCAGUGGAGUGGGAUCUUGCCCAAGCUCUGGCCUAAGGCACGCUACAUUGCGUGUGUCACCACUGGAAGCAUGAAGCAAUAUUAUCAGAAGCUCAAGUUCUACGCAGGAGAGAUACCAGUAUUGGGUAGUGAUUACUUCGCGUCAGAAUGCCCUGUGGGCGUCAAUUUGGAUCGAACGCAACCACCUGAGCUGACCAGAUACGUGAUCCUCCCCACUGCGGCCUAUUAUGAGUUCCUUCCCUUCGGCAUAGAUACUGGUGUUGCAGGGGAAACUGUGGAUAUCUCAGGAGUAGAAAUUGGAAAGGAAUACGAAGUUGUUGUGACUACUUACAGAGGACUCUUUCGGUAUCGUCUGGGUGACAUUGUGAGAGUUGUUGGUUUCUAUAAUUCGUCUCCGCAACUGGAGUUUGUCAUGAGAGCUCCCACAUCUACUGCUGAAGACUUAACAGAGAGGGAUUUAAUGUCUGCCAUGGAACAUUUCCAGAUAAUGCUAAGAGAUGAAGCCAAGGGAGAGGUUUUAGAGUUCGCAGGCUACAUGGACUUGGAGUCCAACCCAAGGCAUACCACCAUUUUUGUUGAAUUUGGUGAAGAGGGUAUGUCCCUAAUGAAGGAGAAGUCGGUUGGUGUUCUAAGUAGGUGGUGUUCCUUUAUUGAGGAGUGCUUGGGAGGUAUAUACAAAGUACAGAGGAAAAGGGGUGAUCUUGGACCUCUGGUGCUGUCCAUUGUGAAGCCUGGUAGCUUCGAUGGAUUACUCCUCUCAGCAGUGGAGAAAGGGGCACCUGCAAAUCAAUACAAGCCACCCAAAAUCAUUAGAAACCGUUGGAUGAUCGAUUUUAUGGAAGCAUCUGUUGUUUUGCAAGCUACUACUGAGUAAUUGAUUCAAAUAAAUACAGAUCUAUACAUUUUGAUCUUUUCAGAAGCUUAA